UUAUCUCUGUCUCCCUCUCAAUUCCCAAAUCCCCGUGGUAGCCAUUUCUGCACACUUGAUGGGAUUGGCCGUGAAGGUCCGUAUCAUCGCCGCCGUGCUCCUCUGUUUCACGGCGGUCGCGGCCCAGAACCACAGGACUGUCACCACUACAUUACGACUGUUAAAUUUCACGGAGGUCGAGGCCUAUAACCUCGGGAAUUUCACCGCUACAUUAGGACCAUUCAGUGAAAACUACUACAGUAUAUUCCGGCUGAAGAACGGGGCCACCAUCAACAACAAUGGGGCGCUCCAAUUGACCCCGAACUCAGCCUACGAGAGGCGCUUGGUGGGCAUGCCACUCGAAAAUCAGGCCGGAAGAGCGAUGUUUAAGGUACCAUUCAAGUUGUCGGAACAAGUUUACAAGUACAACAAAACAAAGGAUAGGGUCGCCUCGUUCAACUCCUCGUUCCUCUUCAGCGUCUGCCCGCUGGGUCUUAAUACCACCCCGGGGGAAGGGCUGGCCUUCAUCAUAGUACCCCCGCACUACGGGAGCGAUUCCUUUCUGUCAAAGAGUUUCGGCCAGUAUCUGGGCCUGACCAACGUCGACACCGAUGGCUACGCUACCGAUGCCUACGGUAGCCUAGUAGCAAUCGAGUUUGACAACGUCAAACAGGCAUUCGAUCCGGAUGCUAACCACGUGGGACUCAAUAUAAAUAGCAUCAUAUCUACUGUUACUGCCUCUUUGACCCCAUUGGGAAUUGAACUCGCUCCAGAUGGCGAGGACAGGUUUUACAAUGUCUGGGUUCAGUACGACGGGGUCAGUAAGGUCAUUGAGGUGUACAUUGCACGACAAGCUGGGCUUGAUGGGGAGACGCCCUCCAGGCCUGAUACCCCGGUCUUAAAAUCAAAUCUCGAUUUGGGAGUGGUGUUUGAAAAUUAUGAGCACUUGAACUUUGGUUUUUCAGCAUCGACAGGAAAUAAUGUGCAGCUGAACUGUAUCUUUAGAUGGAACUUGACGGUGGAGUCCUUUGUGGAGGAAUUUCCUCCGAGGGAAAAGACUCCAAAACUGCUUAAGACUCUCCUUGUAGUCGGGGUCGGGGUUCCACUGCUUGUGAUAGGGGUAGUUGUGAUGGGCUAUUAUUACCCAUGCAAGAAGCGAUCAAUGGUUCAGUUUAAGUCCAACAUAUUACUAGGGGUCUCGAAGAGGUUGGGGUUGGUUCAGUUUAAUUCCAACAUAUUACUAGGGGCCUUGAAGAGAUUGCCAGGAACCCCAAGGGAGUUCCGUUUCAAGGAUUUGAAGAGGGCGACUAACAACUUCGAUGAGAAGAACAAGUUGGGCCAGGGUGGUUUCGGUGUAGUGUACCGGGGCCAUCUGCAUGAUGAAAAUCUGGACGUGGCCGUCAAGUGGUUUUCUAGGGAAACUAUCAAGGGUGAGGAUGACUUCUUGGCAGAGCUCACCAUCAUCAAUCGUCUCCGUCACAAACAUCUUGUCCGGCUGCUUGGAUGGUGUCACAAAAAUGGGAAGCUUUUACUUGUAUAUGACUACAUGUCGAAUGGUAGUCUCGACGCACACCUAUUCACUAAAACACCAGACAGCAAGCCACUAAGCUGGGAUCAACGUUACAAUAUCAUCUCCGGGGUGGCCUCGGCGCUGAACUACCUUCACAAUGAGUAUGACCAGAGGGUGGUCCACCGGGACCUCAAGGCCAGUAACAUCAUGUUGGACUCUUACUUCAACGCUCGGCUCGGAGAUUUCGGCCUCGCUCGUGCCCUGGACGAGGAGAAGACCUCGUACUCAGAGGUCGAGGGCGUGGCAGGCACACUUGGCUACAUCGCACCUGAAUGCUUUUUGACAGGUAAGGCCACCCAACAGUCUGACGUCUACGCGUUCGGUGUAGUCUUGUUGGAAAUAGUUUGUGGCUUGCGACCUGGAACUAGGAUUGAUGAGUUCCACUUUUUGGUCGAUUGGGUCUGGUCCCUGCACCGAGAAGGCCGUAUAUUAGAUGCUGUAGAAGAGCGGCUUGGGGAUGAGUAUGUUGUUGAAGAAGCUCAAAAAGUGCUUGUUUUGGCUUUGGCAUGUUCUCAUCCGAUAGCAAGGGAAAGGCCUAGAACUCAGGCAAUUGUUCAUAUCAUAUCCGGUUUAGUUCCGGUUCCUUACGUGCCACCAUUCAAACCGGCCGUUGUAUGGGCUUCGAUGCCUUCUCUGGAAGAAGAUGAUAUCAGCAGCCUUGCUAGCAUGACGGAGGCAAAGUCGUUUCCAACGACCCAUUUGGGAUCAGGCUUCACUACGCAAUGCAUCAGUCGAGAGCUCUAUACCGGGGACAAUUUUAAAUUUGUGUAGUUUUGUGUACUAUAUUAUGGUUAUCAGCUUAUCUGUUAUGAAUUACAAAAUAAUUGAAUGUUGGUACAUCAAUUUAAAAAACUAAUCGAGAUCUUAAAUUUUGUACAAA